AUGCUCGAUUUCAAUCCCCAGGAUCCUAGCUCUUUUGAUCAAGAAUCUCCUCAAGAUUUAGCUACAAGCCCAACAAGUGCAGUCUUAUUGUCUAGUAGCGCAUCGCUGCAGGGAGGUUCAUAUGGCGCAGGUCCAGAGAAACGUUCACCCUCUGAAUUAAGUCCCGAUGCCGAUGAUGCAACGCAACUUGAAAGCUCGGCUAGCGCAGCACUUGGAGGAAUUCCUCGAGUCACUGCACCAUCGAAAAACACCCUCGAUGGCAUCCUCUCAACCCCAUUAAGCGACACUCGCUUCAAAGUCAAUCAUGCCACACUUGCGUUCGGCCAGACGUCAAUUGACACGGGAGUCCCACUUCCCGUCACUCAGCAACCAAUAUACGAGGCUGUUCCAAGCUUGCUUUCCAGCGGCAUCUCGCUGCGAAAGCCAUACCCCUGUCUAGAGCCCAUUUUGCUCUCCUUGGAAGGUAUUUUGUCGCCUGAUGAAGCAUCCGAAAUGCUUGAGAUUUACUUCAAUGAUGGGGGAAGUUCUCCCUUCAAGUCCACCUCGCCUUAUAUGCUAGUGCAUGUCUUGCACCCAUCGUCUGUGCUUCAUCCUACAGACCCUCGCCCAACAUCCCCAGCACUCCUGGCUGUGAUACUAUUUUCUGUUGCACAGACUGCGGAUAUAAGUCUAUUCGAUACACCUGGAACACGAGAACGUACGAGCAUGGAUCUUUAUCGCCUAUCACUUGAUUUGCUUCAAUCAGAAGAUCCCGAUAAUUAUUUCAGAACCUCCGAGGGUUGGCAGCUCCAUCCUCAUCCGAACAGCAUUCCUCCCAGUAUAGAUCGGCAACCAUCCGGGAAAACAAUACUACCAAGGCAGCUUGGUUCGACAGAUACUAUUCUCGCGGUCGUUAUCUUAACGAUAACAAUAUCCGGCGGUCAUUAUAAAGCAGAUUCGCUCAAAUGGAUAGACAAGCUCUUCCGAUUAGUCAGGGCGAGUGGGCUGAAUUUGGAAGAUCAAGACAUUGACCUUGGCCCUGUCUUCUGCGGACUAUACAAUGGUGACGAUACCUUCCGCCGAUGGAUGAUAGCAAAAGAAGAGCGUAGGCGACUCUUUUGGUUUAUUUAUUGUCUCGAUAGACAUCUUGCUCUUUCUUUUAAUAUGCGAUUGAGCAUCCCGGAAGGCACAUUCUGUGUUCGAGUACCAUUGCCUGAAAAGCUUUGGCAGUCUCUUGAGACCACCGAUCUAUCUAUCAUUCAGACCUCCCCAAUCGGCCCGCCUAUUCAGAUUUCCGGUUGCGGAUUCUUCGAAUACUUCUUGCCUCUUGCUACCAUUUUAGGCCACAUAAUCGACCUGCAUCACUUUCGCAGCCACCCCACCCUUGGUUCAAUCGCCGCACAUGAUGCUAUCCGCCGGGUUGAAUCAAUGAUUUCUCAGCGCGAGAAGGAGCUGGUAGAAUUUGAGAGGCAACUUGGCGCCAUUCUCCCCGAAGAAAUAUGUGCGACGCCAUUUAAACGUCAAACCAGCGGGUCCUCUUCACACGGCACAGAAAGCUACGGGACGCCCAGCAGUGGUGCCUCUUCGGAAACAAGAUUUCCUUUGGUAAAAGCCUACGGUACAUAUCUGUUACAUGUCUUUUACAUACUUCUUCAUGGAAAGUGGGACCCCAUCUUGAUGAUUGAAGACAAUGAUGACUGGAUCACCUCGGAAAGAUUUUUGACAUGUGCCUCCCACGCCCUGAGUGCGACUGAGGUAAUCUCACAAAUUCUGGCUCUUGAUCCCGAAAUGACUUUCAUGCCCUACCUCUUUGGGAUUUAUCUUCUACAAGGAAGUUUCAUACUUCUUCUUUUCGUGGACCGUAUGCCAGAGCUUGGCCCAAACAGCUCUGUAGAAGAAGUCUGCGAGACCAUCAUUCGCGCACACGAAGUCAGCAUUGUCACUCUAGACACAACUUUUCAGAAAAACUUCCGCAAGGUAUUCCGAUCUAUGCUAUACGAUGCCCAGCAAGUUGGUCCCCACUCCUGGGAUGAACACAAAGCACGGCGGAGAGAGCUACUAUCUUUAUACCGCUGGACACCAACCGCGAAUGGGCUCGCAUACUGA